UUCCUUCUAGUCUAAAAGUAAACUAAAAUCAUAUUUUAAAUGUUGAGAAGUUUUUAUUUCAGCCUUUAAUAAUGAAAAGUAUUGCAUUGGGCUAUAGAGCACUGCAAGGAACUAUUCGAUAUUUAAAAAAUGGAUACAGUUCUCCAAGUAGUAUUGACAAAACUGUUCCUUUAAUUUUGUUAAAUAAAAAUUAUGCUACUCAGGAGCGUACUAGUGAAAAAAAAUACAUUGGUGGAAAACUUGUUGAGGAAGAGAAGGAAAACAAAAUGUCUUUUCCUAAAGUAUUACUAACUAUAUCGUCGACUGAUGAAGCCAUUCUUCAAACUUAUGCUAAUUAUGUUACUAAGGCUGCUAAAAUUGUUGAUGUCAAAGUUUCAAAAAGUUUUAGUAUGCCAGCUAUACCAGAGACAGUUAAAGCAAAAAUUCUUUCAGAAGAUAAUAGUAAUCAAAAACAAGUAGAAUAUGCUUUUAAAAACUACCGACGAAUAAUUGAGGUUUCUGAUCUUUGUGCUGAUAAAUCAGAUCUUUUUAUAGAGUUUGUUCAGAAAGGUCUUCCAUCUGGUGUUAAAAUUCUUAUGGAGCUAAAACCUUGGGAACAGCUUGUAAAUCCAGACCAUAUCAUGUUUCGAGAACAAAAGCAGAAGUGAUCUGCAAAAAUAAUUUAAUUUAUAUUAUAUUUUGAUUUUAGUA